UUUUAUUCGUGCCUCCUUAAUGUAAUAAACAUCGUGCCAUUAUUUAAUACAUAUGCAGUUAACCUUUUUACAUGCUCGAAAUCCUAAGACAUUAUUCAUCCGUGCUGGGCUUGUUCAAAUAUAGAUAUGUGAUAGGAAUGUAGAAUUGGUUUAAUGAAUCCCGCGAUCGUAAAGUUUAAGCACUGAAUAAGUACCCUUUGUAUCGUCGUGUGAAUUACCGUACAAGUUUGAAAAAUUAACUCAUGUAAAUUAUAGUGUGAUUGCAGUUAACGAAAAGGAAGCUACCGUAUCGGCUUUGCGUAGUCCUAAAGGAAGGUUCGGUACACGUAUAUCAAAGCUUGACUACUUUUACUGCAGCAAUACGCAGUGAUAUUUUUAGAUACCAAUAUUUCAAAGCCAGUGAUGUCAGCAAAACGGCUCCAAAAUGAUAGUGUUACAGUAAGUAGGAGCCCUAUCAGCGCAUUACUACAGUACUUACUCGUAAGACAACGAAUACAUCUACUGCCGAUGAGUGGGAGCGCUCUGUGUGUUUUACGUGGAUCUCGUGCUGGAAUACUGUAACACGGAAGUUGUUCCUCUUACUACCACGACACAGGAGGAAUAAUUGCCUGGAGCACCGUACCAUAAAUUUUAGGUAUGGAGCUGGAAUAUUCACCGGACAUGGCUUUCAGUAACGAUACAUAUGACUACGAUCAGGGGAAUUUCCUCGUUGACUUGCCAUGGGAAGUGCAGCACAAUAUUUUCAAACGCUUAGACCCCAAGAGUCGCGCUUCUCUGCGCGAAGUUUCAAAAGAUCUGCGUAAUACAAUGGAUGAUCCGUCUUUCUGGAAACGGCAGAUUGUCCGUCUAUCAUCUAUCCGGCGCUUCAAAGAGCCCAUGUGGAAUCUACUUCUGCAGCGCAACAUCCGUCACAUCGAAGUGCGUCCAUCAGCUGACGAGACCCAAGAAUACCACCGCCACAACAUGGUGUGGAAUGAUCUGGAAUGGGGCCAACUGGCCGAACGCAUCCCCGACCUGAAGUCGAUUACGACGCCCUUGAAGUGCGACAAAGGCAAAGGCCUGCCGUGUGGGAUGCGUGACCUUGAUCAGCUGGAGCAGUUGAGGGUGCACUCGGUUCUGUACGCUGACCAUCAGUUGUUUAUGGAUAUGUCGUGUUUAAGCACUCUCAAGCAGCUCUGCAUUGAGGUGCUCUGUUUGGAUGUGUUGGUCGAACGAACGGACGCGCUGAAACAUCUGGCGCAGCUGCGAGAUUUGGAAGAUUUGCAGCUAACAUUCCGCCGUUUCACCAUGUUAAAUAAACAAGCCUUUCAGUACUUGCUUUAUCAUCUGCCAAAACUCCGGCGCUUUGCAUUACGCCGUUGUUGUUUCCGAUUUCCUGAUAUCAGCGUGAUUUUUUCAUCACCGCCACCGUCAGAUGAUGUUAAGCAAAAAACGGGCACAGUGGAUGGAAGCGAGAUUAAUAAUCAUGCCGAUAAUGCGGCAGUCGAGCCGGAGCGCAUUAAUCGGCUAAAUUUAACCGAACUAGAUCUGAGCGGAACCUUGCAGCAUGUGCUCAACGAGGACGCUGUAACCGCCCUAGAUACGUUGCAGAUUUUCCGCUUACAGACACAUGGCAUUGAUGACUCAAUUCGUGAAUUUUUCCGUUCCUGUUUCACAAAAUGGCAACGACUCGUUGAACUGGAUGUGCGCAAUGCUGAUCUUCCGGCCGACAUAUUCCAUUAUGUUCCGCACUCUCUACGCAUUGUCCACCUGAGCUUAUCGGGAAUAGAUUUCAGUCUGGAGGCGCUCUUGAAAUUAUCGGAACGUUGCGGUACACACAUGGAACAACUGCACUUGUAUGGAUGCGAGCCAAAACAUCCGCAAAAACUGUACUACCUUCCAGACUGGUUUCCUAAUCUCAAAUGUCUUUCAUUUGUGGGAGAUAUCGGAUCGAUUUCACGAGAGAUCCUGUGUCGUUUGAGCGAGAUGAAGUUAGACAUUUUGGACGUACGUGAAUGCCAAGUUCAGCCAGGGAAAGAUGUCUGGGAUAUUUUACGAUCGCUCAUGGGCAGCCGAACUCAUAUUCUGUCAUAAUAAUUUAAGAACUAAACACCAAACGAAUUUCUGUAUGUACUUCCUUACUCAUAUAAACCAGUGUGGGUUUUUAUUUUUACAAUAGCCGUGUGGUUUUCCAGUUUGCGUGUAGGAAUUAUAUCUAUAUUAAAGAUACCUACUCAUCA